AUGUCACCGCCAAGGCUGGAAUGCGGCUCUGAAGGAAUCCGUCUCCAUAUCAGUCCAACUGGAACAUUCGGUGGCCACGUCUACGUACGCGGAUUCUUUCCACAAACAGUCUGCCAUCUGAACUAUUGUACUCGUCUGACAAAUCAACCAAUUGUCAUGGAUCUACCGUUCAGAGGACCUUGUAAUGUGAGAAGGCGGAGGAAUGUAACUCCGCCCUCAAUCUCCUACGAUGUUACUGUUAUCAUUCAACACCAUUCUCUAUUCAUCACUUCUUUUGACAAAGCAUACCGUCUCAACUGCAUCUACAGACAACAAGAUUCAGUUCUCCAACAGAGAAUUAACGUGUCUGACAUUCCAUCGACUGCUUUGCAAAGUCGGAAUGCACCAAAGUGUAGGUAUGAUGUGUUAUCUGGGUCACUAAACGGUCCAAUUGUGAAAUUUGCAAAUGUAGGAGAUGUGGUGGUUCACAAAUGGACAUGUGAUAGUGAUCGCUUCGGCUUUGUCGUUCAUUCCUGCGUUGUUCGUGACGAGUCGGGCAAGGACUUCCAGUUUAUCGAUGAGAGAGGAUGUGUCACCGACUUCACUCUUUUCCCCGAAGUCACCUAUUCCUCCGACUUGAAAUCCGCGUUCACCGCUGUCCGUGCUUUUCGAUACGCGGAUCAAGUGAUGGUUCAUUUUUCCUGUCAAAUCACAACAUGUCAGAAACAAGAAAAUGGGUGUGAAGGAAUAUCGCCUCCAAUAUGUCGACCACUCGAUUUGGGACCAAUUAAAGUUCACUAUGUAAAACACAAGAAUAAGGAGAUUGGAGAGAAAAACGAGAAUGGCGUCGAAACCUUGCCCCCACGGACUGAAAAUACUUCGGAAGAUAUCCCGACGACGACGACUACAGUAAGAUCAACGACUACAAGAGCUCAACUGUUUUCGAGUACAACAUUCAAGACGACUACUGUGGAUAGGCAGAGAUUGAGGACACCGAAUUCACCACAGAGAGACGAGAACAACUCAUACCCGACGUUGAGUUCAAAGUUUCACAAUCAAAAUCAAAACGGAAAUGGCUACGAUUUUCCAAAUGUGGAAUCUGGAGAAGGCAUCGGGCAGGAUAACGUGGCAGAGUUUGGAGUGAUCAGGAAUUCUGAUUCUGGUGUAAAUGAAUAUGGAUUGGAGAUCGCUCCUGAAAAGUUGAAAAAGAAGAAAACGGGAAAAAUUCCAGUGUUGGCUGAACCGGAGAAGCUCCCAAAAAGAGAAAUCUUCCACGUGGAAACCAUUUCAAAAACAAUGGAUUCAGAUGUGGAACCCCUUCCCUAUCCGACGAAAGCAUCAGUUUAUCAACAUAGAAGUCCUCGGAGUCACAAGGGAAAAUCAGAUGAAUUCAAUAUAACUUUGGAAGUUGAAACAACGAAAAUGUUGAUUUUGGAGAAUGAGCCAACUGAGGAGAAGCUGAAAAUGGAGAAGAGAGAAGGGGCGGAGUCGGUGAAAUGUGAGAAAAUUGAUGAGAAUUUUGUGAGCAACACGUUAUUGUUGACGACGUUGGCCGUGUUACAGAUAAUCUCAAUCCUCGCACUGAUCACUCAAAGAUUCUACUACAAGAAGUCAAUUGAUAAGCUAGUCUUCGCUGCUGAUGAUCGACCUGGUUCACGGAAAAUUUAA